GGCAUACGCGGCAUGACUGUGUCGGACGUCAAGGGGGCGGGCGUGCAGGGAGGCCGCAAGGAGCGGUACGCCGGCACCGAGUUCGGCGGCUCCUCCGACCAGUUCCUGGUGGAGAAGGCGCGCAUGGAUGUGGUGGUGACGCGCGGCCAGGUGGACACGGUGGUGCGCAUCGUGGCGACGGCGGCGCACACGGGGCAGAUCGGGGACGGAAAGAUCUUUGUGCACCCGGUGGCCGACAUCAUCCGCAUCCGCACCGGGGAGACGGGCCCUCUGGCGGAGCGCAUGGAGGGUGGCAUGGAGGACAUGACUGGGAUCAAGGGGGUGUAG